GUGAGGGUUGGUGGGAGAGGUGGAGGAAGGGGUUGGCUGGCCACCGAGAAGGAAGCUUUGUCGGGUCCAGCGGCCUGACCUUUUAGGGCCACCGCGCGGGUGCGGGAGAGGUGGGGAUAGAGCCCCGGGCCGGCCCCUCCGCACGCCUCCCCUGCCCGGCGCUCCGAAACCCGCCCGGGUACCUUGCUGCUCCCAGCUCUGCGACCGCUGGGCGCCUUGGCGCCGUCCUGCGCUGUCCUUGCAGAUGUCGGGAGCUAUCUUCGCGCCCCUGGAGGGUCCAGACGCCGUGGACGCCGCGAGCGGCCACCCACUCGUGUGCCCGCUGUGCCACGCCCAGUACGAACGCCCUUGCCUGCUCGACUGCUUCCACCACUUCUGCGCCGGCUGCCUGCGCGGCCGCGCCGCGGAUGGCCGUCUAGCCUGCCCGCUGUGCCAACACCAGACGGUGGUGAAGGGCCCCAGCGGGCUCCCGCCAGUGGACCGGCUGCUGCAGUUCCUCGUGGACAGCUCCGGGGACGGCCUGGAGGUGGUGUGCUGUGCCAACUGUGACCUGGAGUGCAGCAAGCAGGACCCGGAGACCAUGUACUACUGCAACACGUGCGGGCAGCCGCUGUGCGCGCGCUGCCGCGACGAGACGCACCGGGCACGCAUGUUCGCGAGCCACGAAAUCGUGGCCCUGGGCCAGCGCAGCCGCGACGUGCUCCCCAAGUGCACUCUGCACGCCGAGGCCUACAUCAUGUUCUCCACUGACAAGAAGUCGCUGCUGUGCAUCCGCUGCUUCCGGGACAUGCAGGGGGAGAGCCGGGCCCACUGCGUGGACCUCGAGUCGGCCUAUGUGCAGGGCUGCGAGCGGCUGGAGCAGGCGGUGCUGGCUGUGAAGGCCCUGCAGACCGCCACACGGGAGGCCAUCACGCUGCUGCAGGCCAUGGUGGAGGAGGUGCGCCGCAGCGCUGCGGAGGAGGAGGCGGCCAUCCAUGCCCUGUUCAGCAGCAUGCAGGACAGGCUGGCAGAGAGGAAAGCCGUGCUGCUGCGGGCCGUGCAGAGCCAGUAUGAGGAGAAGGACAAGGCCUUCAAGGAGCAGCUCUCCCAACUGGCCGCUCUGCUGCCCACCCUGCAGGUUCACCUCGUCAUCUGCUCCUCCUUCCUCAGCUUGGCCAACAAGGCGGAGUUCCUGGAUCUGGGCUAUGAGCUGAUCGAGAGACUGCAGGGCAUCGCCACGCGGCCGCAUCGCCUCCGGCCGGCGCAGAGCAGCAAGAUCGCCAGCGACCACCGCGCCGAGUUCGCACGCUGCCUGGAGCCGCUGCUUCUGCUGGGGCCGCGCUGGGCGGCGGGAGCCGGGGGCGGCACCAACACGCUAGCAGGGGUCUCAGGCCCCAAGGUGCUGAUGGGGCCCAGCUGCCCUUCCCCGGUGGGGAAGAUGUUGGGGUCGCCGGUCCAAAAGCCCACCCUGCACCGGUCCAUCAGCACCAAGGUGCUGCUGGCCGAGGGCGAGGACACACCCUUCACGGAGCAUUGCCGCCACUACGAGGACUCCUACCGGCACCUGCAGGCUGAGAUGCAGAGCCUGAAGGACCAGGUGCAGGAGCUGCACCGGGACCUCACCAAGCACCACUCGCUCAUCAAGGCGGAGAUCAUGGCAGACAUCCUGCGCAAGUCCCUGCAGGUGGACGCAGAGAUCGCCUCGGAGUACGCUUCCGUGGAGGGCAUGAGAGCCGCCUUCCAGGAGAUGUGGGAGGAAUCCUACCAGCGGGUGGCUAACGAGCAGGAGAUUUAUGAAGCUCAGCUCCAUGACCUUCUGCAGCUGAAGCAGGAAAAUGCCUAUCUGACCACCAUCACCAAGCAGAUCACGCCCUAUGUCCGCUCCAUUGCCAAGGUGAAGGAGCGGCUGGAGCCCAGGUUCCAGGCGCCCGUGGAUGAAGAGUCACAGCAUCUACAGAAUGCGCACGAUGACAGCACGGACGGCGAGACCCAGGCCAGAGAGAAGGCCUCAGAGCUGAGAGGGAGCAGGACUCUAGGCAGCCUCCCAGGAGAGCCUCCACUGAACAAAGACCCUUAGGGACCCAAAUCAAAAUCUGGAGGCGAUGCCCCACCCCGUGGAGGGAGCGCCCAAAUUAACCAAUGGGGCUGGUCCCAGGGGUUUGGGAAUUUGCAAUAUGCAUAUGGAGACCCGGACCUUCAGAAGGAAAAGGUUGUCGCCAUCAUGGUCAUUUUCUAAAGAGUGAUCAUUUUUGUCUGCAGCAAAACCCGGAAACCCUCUGAAGGCCUUCCCGACGGAGCUUCUGGCUUGGGCUAAGUUUCUUUUCCCAUGUUGGCAAGGCACGAAGUCUUGGUCAUCAUCGCAGCAGCAAGGGAUGACAUCCCCGUCCACGUGGACAAUGUUGACUGAGUAACGCCAGCCUGGAGCCCCUCACUCAUCCGGUGUCUCCCUAGUGCCUGAUGACCUACUGCCCACGAGGGCCUGCGGCUCUGAAUUUACUAAUGAGGCUCCAUCCACCACUGUGAUGCGUCCACCCUGCCUCAGAGGAAUCCGGCUUCUCCUGAAUCACUGCCCCACUAUUACCUGGGUGCCACUGGAAAGUUCCAUCCAGUUAUCUGAACACUGACUCAGCAAAAAGCAAAAUCCUGUGCGCCAGCUUUUCACCCUUCACGGCAAAGGCUGAGCUCAAAAAGCAAAAGCAGACCCAGGAGAAGGACAAGCACCCAGCAGCAGCGUGCAUGGCGGGGGACGGUCCCCAUCACAGCUUCUCCACUAGUUUUCCAGGCUGCUGUCAUGCUCCUGGGUUCACCUUGUCAUGACAGCACGAUUCAGAAGUUUUGCUCUAAUAGUCCAUCCUUACACAGGACCCUGUUAAUCAAGUGGAACUUAAUAUGAUGCUUUUUAAAAAGACCUAAAUGACCUAAAAUUUAAAGUUUUGGAGGCAUAAUAAUGCCCAGAGCCAUAUUUUAAGCAAAUGUCCAUCCUGAUUCGGGGGUUCAAACAGCAGGUGGCUUGGACGUGUCAGGUGGGUGUGCAUGUCAAUGCACUGAGGCAUCGCACCUCCACCAGCGCCCCUGCAGCUGCCACCCCAGGGCGUUGACGUUCGCAAGCCAGAGCAUCGCGGACUUCCGCGGCAGCCAGGAGAGUGGGUAAGACCGCCUUUGCAAACUGGUUAGGGGUGGGCGUUCGGAACUGAAUCGAGUAGGCAAAACACCUCUGGUUUUACGUUGUACAUUCGGACAUUUCUUAGCUGGAAGGGACGUGACCUUUGUACUUCUGCAUCCCAAACAAUCACACUGUCAUUCAUAGUGAAAUCAAGUACAGUUUUAUUUAAGAAUCGGAAAGAAUAUCAGUAUCUGUGAAAGAAAAUCUAAUUUAAAAUAUUUAAAUAAACAUUUCUGCAUGUAAAAA